AGCGUACACACAGUGGUGUCAAAUGUACAAACUGGUGCCGCGGUCUUUCCAUUUCGGGGACGCACACCUAACGAAUAGCACGACAUCAGUAUAUAAUAAUAAUUUUCUGUUGUAAAUACGCGCUAUGAAUUUAGUGAGUCGCGAAUCACAGCUCAAGCUAAACGUGUACCAUCGGUCACGUUUCAAUAAUUAAACAGCUUACAUAACGGACCGUAUUUGAUAAAAAAUGAAACGUGAAUAUCAAAACAUUUUAUUACGAACUGCAAAAUAAAAUUAUUUCAAUGUACGGAUAAAGUUCUUUAGUGUAUAUCUUCUGAAUCAUGUACUUUUACUCAUUUUAGUGUUGUUUUUUUCUGUGCCAUUCAGAUCAGGGGCAUGAGGGCUUUUGCCAAUUUUAUAACUUAUACUGAUCAGACUAAAAAGCGCUAGUUUUCUAGUAUUUUGCCUAGCUGCCGUCAAUGCUUUCUAUGGAUAUUUUGAUAGAUUCUAAUCUUUCGUGUUUGUACAUUAGAUUGCUUGACUGAUUCAUUUGCUAUUUAUGAAUUUCAGGAAAAGGCUACUAUCAUUGAAACCAUCAUUGAAAUGCUCUAAUAACAGUAAAAGUAUUAUUCGUGUACUCUGCCUCAUCCUAGCAUCAGCAUAUGAAAGCAAGCAGAUGGCAGCAAUAGAAAACACGUGGGCACGACGUUGUGAUAAGCACUUUUUCACCAAUGGGCAGACGAACAAUCCACAAAUAGCUGAAAUAAUUUUAAAUGUUCCGGUUCCAGAGGAGAGACGUCACCUGACAAUGAAGAUGCGUCAUGCAUUUAAAUAUGUGUAUAGAGCAUAUAAAGCCAGUUUUGAUUGGAUAUUAAAAUGCGAUACUGACACCUAUGUUAUUAUGGAAAAUCUUCAACCAUAUUACUCGAACAAAAAACGGGAGAAAAAUGAUAAUGUCUACCUGUUCAUCUUGUGGAGAAAUGAAAUCAAAGUUUGUUAAAAGUACAGGAGGUAAUUUAGAUAUUCAUAAAGCAAUGUUAUCUUUAUUACCUAAGAAAGGUUUAACACUUCCAGGAUAUAACUAUUGUGGACCAGGAAAUCCUUUAGAUAAUGGACCUAUUGUUAAUGAACUGGACGCAGUAUGCAUGGACAUUGCUACGACAGUGAUGUAAAAAAAAGGUAUAUGUGACAAGCAAAUGCUUUCCAACUUAAAUAACACUCAAUCAAAAACAUUUAGAGAAAAGAUUGCAAAACAUUUAGUUGUAAAACCAGCAAUUAAAACGAAAUGCAAACUUGGACUUGGACGUAGGUCCUCGGGAGCUGGAAGCUCACUCGGAAAAAAGUCUAAAAACGAGAAAAGGGGGUAGAGUAUUUACUUGGACGUAAGUCCUUGAAAGCUAAAAGCUCACUCAAAAAGACCCUCGAAAUAUCAUGGAGUGACGAAUUAGCAGAAGAAUUACAUAAACCAAUUAAACGAAAAAUUUUGAAACAAAGAGUGAUAGUUAGUGAUAUUGAUGAUACUUGGUCUGCUGAUUUAGUUGAUAUGCAAGCUUUUUCAAAAUAUAAUAAAGGUGUAAAGUAUUAAUUAACCGUUAUUGAUAUAUUUAGCAAAUAUGCUUGGGUUAUUCAUUUAAAAAAUAAAACUGGAGAAUCUGUUACUGAAGCAUCUGAAGCAAAUAGUUUUUGGAGCUUCAGCUCAUGAUGAGCUUCACGCUCGGCCUUAAGGUAGAACACCUACAAAUUUAUGGGUAGAUGAAGGAAAAGAAUUUUAUAAUAAAUAGUUUGAAUCAUUUUUGAAUAAAAAUAAGAUUAACAUGUAUCAUACAUUUAAUGAAGGAAAAGCUGUAGUAAUCGACAGAUUUAAUAGAAGUUUAAAAAGAAUUAUGUGGAAAUAUUUUACAGCAAAUAAUACUUACACUUAUUUAGAUAAUUUGCAGGAAAUGGUUGAUAAAUAUAACAAAACAAAACAUUCUAGUAUAAAAAUGACACCAACUGAAGCCAGUAAAAACUUAAAUAAAGGUACUGUUUACUUUAAUUUAUAUGGUUAUUUAAAGAUACCAAAGAGUAAACCAAAGUUUAAAAUUGGUGAUCGGGUUCGCUUAAGCAAUUUUAAACGACAUUUUGAAAAAGGAUAUACACCAAACUGGACAGAGGAAAUAUUUAUUAUUUAUGGAAUUAAUAAUACAAAGGACAUAUACUAUUAAAGAUUUGAAUAAUGAAAUAAUUCAAGGUUCAUUUUAUGAGCAAGAAUUUUUACCUACUAAACAAGAGGAUUUUGGAAUAGAAAAAGUUAUUAGACGAGACUAUAAGAAAAAACAAGCUUUAGUAAAUUGGAAAAGUUAUAGUGAAAAAUUUAAUAGCUGGAUUCCGUUUAGUGAAUUGGAAAAAAUGUAAUAUUUAAAUUAAAUUUAAAAAAUAUAUUAUAUAAAUGAGAAAUAAAAAUUUAGUUUCUAAUGGAAUAGAAAUAGAAACAAUAGAUCAAUUAAUAGAUCACUUAACUAAACUUGCUGCUGCUUACAGAAAAAGUUACAAGUUUUGUGGAAGAGUACAUACAGGAUUACAAAUUACAGCAGGUAUCUUUGGUUGCUCGACUGCAUUAGUACUUGUUCCUGCUAUUCCUAUAUUUGUGGCAUUUGCUGGCGCUGUUCCAUCAGUAAUUACUAUAUUUAUUUUAAGUCUAAAAGUUGAAGACAAAAAAGCUAUUUUAAAAUUACAUCACAAAAAAAUAAAACAACUAAUAACAAAGCACGAAUUGGAAAAUUAGAUAAAGAAGAUGAGAAAAAAGUUAUUCAGGAUAUUUUUACAAUACUGUUAGAAAUGCAGAAAGAAAAAACUAUUCAACGCCUCUUGAAAUGACAAAUGAAAGAUAGAAAUUCAUAUAAAAAGUACUAAAAAGAAGAAACGUUAUUAAAUCAAUACUUGAUCAAAUAGUUAGCGAUGAUUAUAAAAGACAUUUGAUUGAUAAAUUACAAAAUGUUAUAGAUCCUUAUCUUUUAAAAAAGAAUAUAAAUUUAUUUGAAUGGGAUUGUGGUUGUUUAUUAACAGAAGAGCAAAAUAAUGUAAGAUUAUGUGAUUGCCCCAGACCAAAUAAUAAUCGAAACAACCCUAAAAGAGUUAUUGCAACCGAUUGUGACACUAAUGAAGAAAAAAUAUAUAGAAGCACUUACGCAGCAUCUAAAGACCUUGAUAUUAAUUCUGGAUUAAUAAAAAUGUGCUGUGAAGGGAAGAAUCGAGUAAAA